AUGCAACCAAUGCAUUCUAGCCAAGACUUAGCAGGAAGUACCAAUAUCUUAGACAAAAAGUUAGUAAAUAGGGAAGAUUUCAAAUUAUAUAGUUAGGGUCAUGCAUAAUAUGAAAUAGAAAACUAAAAUAAAAUUUAUGAAUUCUAAAGUAAAGGAAAUAUCUUUUGAUAGUUGAAUUGAAAAAUGCAUUUCGAAUAAAUUGUCAUGUUUAUUUUGUAAUUGAAUAAAAAGAGAAUACUUUAGUAUACAUUAAAGUGAAAAAGAGAAAUGAAAAACAUAUUUUUUACAGCAGUAGGAGAUGCAAAAUUAACAGAUUUUUGAUUAGCUAAUAUGAGAAGAGAAAAUAGAGAGAAAUCAUGUACUGAAAUUAAUAAAUAUUAAAAAAUUGAAAAAGUUACUAGAUAAUCAGAAUAUCUGACAAUCUUGCAUCAGAAAUAGUGAAUAAAUCAGGGAAUUUUCAUGAAAAUCGGACUUUUGAAAUAUUGAUCUAUGAAAUGAAAAAUGGUUUUACACAAUUGAGAGAUUCAAAUAAUGAUUUUAAGAAGAUAUCCUCAAAGAUAAUAGAAUACUCAUCUAUAUAUCCUAAAAAGAUAUCAUUAUAAAGUAUAAAUUUGAUUAAAUAAAGAGUAGUCCAUGGGAACGCAAGGAGUUAAAGUAUAAAAUUAUAAUUAUAAAUAAAGUAUGAUGAUUGA